AUGAAAACAUCAGCUGUUGACGCGAAUAUUAGAUACCUCACUCGGACAUGGCUCUCUAAGGUUACGCAGGUCCUGAUCGACCAUUACCAAACCACAGAGAAGCUGACCACCAUUCGUACCAAGUCUUUAUCAUCACCUGCCGUCGACCGCAUCGUUUCUCAUGCCCUGUCCUGGGCCCGUCGCUCCUAUGGGAAACGUCUCACUCAAGCUGUAAUCUCCAAAUUCUACCAAACAAUCAACGAAACAAAAACCAGAGUAACCAUAUCUCUACCAACUAAACGAGCCCGAAGUUCACCUACUCCUAAUCCAGCAGACAUAGGUAAACGCUCUCGUAGAGAGGGCACACCCCUUCUCUUUUCACUUUCAGACUCGUCUUCCCCUUCCACAUCAACUGAAUCUUCACCACGUGAUCCAGGAUCCACCAACCUUUCUUCCUGUGCGUUUUUGGACCAGCAAACCACCCCUCAGUCUCCAUCCAAGUCGAGACGUGUAUCCAGACCUUCCCCUCCUCGAACCAGAUCCCAGUCCGUUCCCAAUGCUACAAUUCUAACAACUACCAAACCAGUACCAAUCACACCGUCGACGACCAUUAUAUCCGCUACCAAACCGUAUUAUCACCAAACCAAGGACAAAUCAUUAUGGAAACUACCUGCUCUAAAGAAAUCUACCUUAAUAAUUGGAUCAUCUAACCUGACACCGAAAUACAUUCUUACCCCGGUGCCCAAAUCCAUCACAUACAGUCAAUCCUGGAAUCAUACGACCAUGAUCCCAAACCUACUACCAUUAUUCUUCAUGUAG